GUUUGUUGACGCCGCAGGUUCCGGACGCAGAGCAGGACCAGUUUCAGGGACCGGCCUCAGUUCGGAGCCUCCAGCCACUUUGUCUCGACCAGGACCCGGAGGAGGAUCCGGACCCGGGUCAGCCUCCUGCGGGUGCACAUUCAGAUCCGUUCCGGUCCGUUCCGUGCUGAUCCGUGCCGGGCUCGCGGCUCAGGGAUCGAUGUGAUUUUUGGAAAGUACAGCGCGUUCAGAUGGAACCCGGAUCCCGCUCCCGGAGACCCUGAGCCGAGACCCAGAUCUCGUCCCUGUCCUCACGUCCGUCCAUCCUGUGGAGGCGUCAUGUCGGCAGCUCAGACCCAGAAGGAGGGCUCGGAGGGGGGCUGGGGCUGCCUGGAGGCUCUGGGUCUCAGUCAGAAGGAGCUGGUCCUGGCGGAGGCUCUGCAGAUGGAGUACGACGCCCUGUCCAGACUCAGACAGGACAAGACCACCGCCAGCAGCCAGACCGGACCCAGACCCACCAGCCAGAACCGUUCCAAGACCCCCGUGGCCUCUAUUGAACGGCCCCGCCCCACCCCCAGCCAGCCUGUCCCCGCUCCCCUCGCAGGAGGAGCCCUUCUGAGGGGCCUUUCAGGGUCCGACCCCUCCCUGAACCAACCUGGAGGCUCCAGAGCGCCCCCUCCUCCGGUUAAAGAGCCCCUCUACAUCCUGGACAGUCCUGAACUCACCAAGAUCCACGACUCACCGGGGUCAGGGUCUGGGUUUCAACCCAAAGGUUUCUUGCCUCUUCCAGAUGACAUUCCCCCAGCUAUCCCCCCCAGGAACCCCCUCCCCCCUCCCUCAAGCUCAGAGAAUCCAUUCCUGCCCCCAAGAGGGUCCACCAUGCCCCGGGAUGUGAACCUGUUCACCCCGGAUGUGGAUCAGCCCAAAGUGACGUCGACAGAACUCAACUACGACAACAUCAACGAGUCUCUGAGCCGCCUGAACGAGAGCCGCCAGGGGCCGCGGGGCCGCAGGGCCAAUGGAGACCAAUCAGGGAAGCCCGUCGCUCGCAGUAAGACCCUCCCCCCUCAGGUGCCCCCCAGGACCUACGUACCCGUUCCCAAGAGCAACAAGAACCAGAGACGAGUCUCUGCAGACCCGGUGUCCCUCAGCUCCCGGAUGAACGGAUUUGGAUACGAACUGUUCCAGGUUUCAGAGGAGAGAGACGAGGAGGUGGCGGCUUUUUGUCACAUGUUGGACGUGUUGCGUUCAGCGUAUCCAUUCAGCGACAGGUCGAAGAACGCCGGCUUCGUCUGGUCACCGUCAGUCGGGCCUGAUGAGCUGCAUCAGGUCCUCGGGGUCAGCGUAAAGGUCACGGUCAUCAGCGAACACUUCAGAGAACCACUCACCUUCACUUGUGAUGGUUCGUCCACCGUGGACCUGCUCAUCUAUCAGACUCUGUGUUACGCUCAGGACGACCUGGACCACCUGGAUGUGGACGACUACCUGCUGAAGGUCUGCGGACACGACGAAUUCCUCCACAACUCCCAGACUCUGGCAGGUCUGGAGUUUGUGCUGCAGUGUCUGAAGUUUGACUGGGACAUCCGACUGUUCCUCACCAAGCGGUCAGCCAUCAGCACCGAACUCGCCCGCACGAAAGAAGACGAUGAGACGGCGUCCACCAUGAACCACAGCAUCCUCCUGCAGGAGCGUCCAAUCAAACAGACCGUCACCAGGGAGGCUCUGACUCUGUUACUGGACACUUUCCACAAUGAAGCUGAAUCCUUCCUGUUGUCAGAGGUGGAGCUUUCUCUACACGUUGAGCGUCUCGUCCAGUCGGUGAAGGCGCUCUGCAGCUCGUUGGCCGCCGUGGAGACGCCUGAUGUGACCUCUGCCCUCAGCCAGCUCCCAGCAUGCCCCUGUCGUCUGCAGCCCAAAGUGCUCAAGGAUGCAUCAGUGCUGGCCGUCAGAGAGAACAGAGAGAAAGUGGUGGAGAAGCUGACGGCGGCCAUCUUGGAUCUGGUGGAGCUUUACUGCAGUACGUUUAACGCUAACUUCCACACGACGCCGCAGAGCCACUGCUGCACGGCGCCCGUCCAGGAGGCUGGUGUCGUCACCAACGUCCUGUCCUUCAACGUCUAUGCUGCUCACCGCAUCCCCAUCACCUGGGCUGCCAGCUACGAGGGCUUCUUCCUGUCCUGUUCUCUGACUCAUGGAGGGGCGGAGCUCUGUGCACCGCAGCACACCAGCAAACAGUCUGUCAGCAAAUACCUGUUCCACCUGGUGGUCUGGGACCAGAGGGUUUGUUUCCCAGUUCAGAUCAACCAGCUGCCCAGAGAGUCUCAGCUGACAGUGACCCUGUACGCCAGCGCUCUGCCGCCCCCCGGAGGCGCUGAGGAGAAGGGCAAGCAGAGACGCAGCAUCGAGGCCCUGGGCUGGGUCACCAUGCCGCUCUUCAACUUCAGACACGUCCUGACAUGUGGCAGGAAGUUGCUCGGUCUGUGGCCUUCGACCCCCGGCAGUGGAAACGCCCGCUCAAGUUCUCCAAACUUCAGCCAACCGGACAGCGUCAUCCUACAGGUCGACUUCCCCACAUCGUCAUUCGAGGUUCGCUUCAGUACGCCACCGCCUGCAGACUUCUGUCCUCAGUACGACUUCUCCAGACUGGACACCAUCAGUCAGAUCCAGCUGCAGGACGUCCUCCACAAGAAGGCCGCCUUCUGGCUGACGUCUGACGAUAAGCGUCUGCUGUGGGAGAAGAAGGCCUUCUGUCAGGCUGAGGCUGCUGCUCUGCCUCUGGUUUUGUCCAGCGCCCCCUGCUGGCAGUGGGCGUGUCUUCCUGACAUCUACGCUCUGCUGCGCCAGUGGGCGUGUCUGGGGCACCUGGACGCUCUGGGCCUCCUCCACGCCUCUUUCCCGGACCAGGAGCUGAGGAGGACCGCCGUCCAGUGGAUGGACUCCAUCUCAGACCCAGAGCUGCUGGACUUCCUGCCCCAGCUGGUCCAGGCUCUCAAGUACGAGUGUUACCUGGACAGUUCACUGGUUCGCUUCCUGUUACGCAGAGCCAUCGGAGAUGUUCGCAUCGCUCACUACCUGUUCUGGUUGUUGAAGGAUAACCUCCAGGACAGUCAGUUCAGCGCUCGUUAUCAGCAUCUUCUGGCUGCUCUACUUUGCUGCGUCGGUCGUGGCCUCAGAGAAGAGUUCGACCGUCAGUGUUGGCUCGUUUCCAUUCUAGCUGUAGUCGCUCAGAAAGUCCGAGAUGCAACGCUGUCCAACAGACAGUGUGUCCUCAGAGAGGGUCUGGAGGAGAUGAAGCAGUUCUUCUCAGUGAACAGCAGCUGUAGACUCCCUCUGAACCCUGCACUGCUGGUCAGAGGCAUCAACAUCCAGUCAUGUUCCUUCUUCAACUCGAACGCGGUCCCUCUAAAACUGUCCUUCCAAAACCUGGACCCUCUAGGAGAAAACAUCAACGUCAUCUUCAAGUCAGGAGACGACCUGCGGCAGGACAUGCUGACUCUGCAGAUCAUCCGCAUCAUGAACAAAAUCUGGAUCCAGGAGGGUCUGGACAUGAGGAUGGUCAUCUUCAAAUGCUUCUCCACGGGCCGAGGGCGAGGUAUGGUGGAGAUGAUUCCUCAAGCCGACACACUGAGGAAAAUCCAGGUGGAACACGGAGUCACGGGAUCCUUUAAAGACCGACCUCUGGCCGACUGGCUGCAGAAACACAACCCCACAGAUGAGCAGUAUGACAAGGCGGUGGAGAACUUCAUCUACUCGUGCGCUGGAUGCUGCGUCGCCACCUACAUUCUGGGAAUCUGCGACCGACACAACGACAACAUUAUGCUAAAGACCAGCGGUCACAUGUUCCACAUCGACUUCGGCAAAUUCCUGGGACACGCCCAGAUGUUCGGCAACAUUAAACGGGACCGCGCCCCCUUCGUGUUCACCUCGGACAUGGCGUACGUCAUCAACGGAGGAGACAAACCGUCCAGUCGCUUCCAUGACUUCGUAGAUCUGUGCUGUGAGGCCUACAACCUGAUCAGGAAACACGCUCACCUGUUCCUCAACCUGCUGGGCCUGAUGUUGUCCUGUGGGAUCCCUGAACUGUCCGAUCUGGAGGAUCUGAAGUACGUCUAUGAUGCUCUGAGACCCCAUGAGUCUGAAGCCGACGCCACCAUGUACUUCACCAGGUUAAUCGAGUCCAGUCUGGGCAGCGUCGCCACCAAACUCAACUUCUUCAUUCACAAUCUGGCCCAGAUGAAGUUCGCUUCCUCUGAGGAGAGACCCACGCUGUCCUUCGCCCCCAGAGUCCACACGGCUAAGAGCGACGGCCUCAUCCGAAACCUGUACAUCUGCCGCCACAUCCGCACUGCCAGUAAAGGAUAUGCGUUUGUGGUCAAAGUGGAGCGUGAAAACCAGCAGGAGGUGCUGUUGGUCCAGAGGACGUUUGAAGAGUUUCAUGAACUUCACAGUAAACUGAGACUCAUCUUCCCCUCGUCCAAACUGCCCAACUUCCCGAGCCGUUUUGUGAUUGGUCGUUCCCGCGGCGAGGCGACAGCUGACAGGAGGAAAGACGAGCUGAACGGUUACGUCUGGCAUCUGAUCCAUGCUGCACCUGAGGUCGCACAGUGUGACCUCGUCUACACAUUUUUCCACCCAUUGCCAAGAGAUGAGAGACCAGGAACAGCAGCUAGUAAACCAGCCGAGAUCUCCUGGUCUCCAGUUUCAGGGAAGGAGCUCGGCGAGGUCAAACUCUCCAUCUCCUACAAGAACGACAAACUGUUCAUCAUGGUGAUGCACAUAAGAGGACUGCAGCCCCUACAGGAUGGCACAGACCCAGACCCCUAUGUGAAGCUCUAUCUCCUCCCAGACCCUCAAAAAACCAGCAAGAGGAAGACGAAGGCAGCACGACGCACGUGCAACCCUACAUACAACGAGAUGCUGGUUUAUGAGCGGAUCCCCCGGGGGGACCUGAACCAGAGGGUGAUCCACCUGCGGGUUCUGGGUGACGGUGCAUUCUGGGAGAACACUUUGCUGGGAGAGACCUUCAUUCCCUUAAAGAGGCUCAUUCCGGGUCAGCACUGGGUCGACUGGCAUCAGCUGGGCACUGCCCGGGCAGACUCCGCCCACUGACUCCGUCCACUGACCCCUGGGGAAAUGAGAGGAAGACCCUUUCAGAGUAAAAGCUUGCGUUCCAGUCGUCACUCAUCAUGAUGCUCAUGUGGAGGCUUUUGGACGCUGAGGAAGUUCAGGUUUUUAUUUCAGGAUCUGUAGAUAUAAAGUGAAGUGAAGUAUUAUUAGUGAAGCAGUCGAUUGAAAGGGAUUCAUCUGCAAAUAUUUGCACAUCCAUUCAUCCUUUUUGUAAUUAUCCAGGCACAAAAGUCUAAAAUUCUGCAGAUUGAUAAUGUGAGGAUUUGAUAAAAGUAAUAUUUUGGAUUUUGGACUUCAGCAGGUUGAAUCUGGCACUUUUUUCUGCCAUUUUAGAGAAAACUAUUGGUUGAUGAACUGAACCUGUGGAUUAACUGAUGUGCUGUGAUCAGUCACAGCUCCACUGAACUGAUGUGUUCAUAAUGCAGAGAUCAGGGAAUGUUGGUCCUAUCAGUUGAAGCUCAUGUUUAUUGUUUCAUAGUGACGAUAACUGACACUAAUCUGAUGAAAAGACAGAUGUGUUGAACUUUUUCGUCUCUGAGUAGGAUGAGGUGUCGUAUCAGAUCAGGUCUCAGUGAAACACUUCAGUUUGAAGUUUCUAUUUUUUUUUUUUUGUUUUCAGUUUUUUUAGUCCAACAUUCCAUAAGUAGAACAUUAUAAACAUGACUGAACUUAUCUGACAAAAAUAAAAUGCAAUUUUGUGGGACUUUGUAAUAAGGCUACAUUAAUGAACAUUAGUAAAAGCAGUAAUAAGCAUUAACUACCACAAGUUAACUAAUGUGCCUAGUAUUAACUAAUAUUCAUCUUUAAAUGUUGACGUAACAUAUUGAUACGUUAAGAAACAUGAGCGUCUUUAGUAAAUCCACAUGAAUCAUUAAAACUGUCGGCUCAUUCUUAUUACUUUAUUAAUGAGUAUUAGUGUACGCUUAUACAAAGUUUAGUUUUAUUAAUUGAAGUAAUUGAUUUAUAUCAUGUAACUUGAACUGUAAGUUGAACUUAACACAGACUGAAGUGUUUGGUUUUAUUUCUAGUCAGAUGUGGAGUCGGUUGUUUUCACUAUGAAUCUUUUCUGACGGUGAGCUGUGAUUGGUCCGUCCUGUCACGUGAACCAGAUGUUUUCUGAAAGUCACAUGAUCUUCUCCCACUGAUGUGACUGGUUAAAGUUUCAGCUCGUGCAGUGGAUUCACUUCAAGCUAACGAUAUCUACUAACAGUUUGUUCUAACUCCUGUUUUGAUUCUGUAGACGAGGACUGAGUUGAUCCUUUCAUUUUUCACUCUGUUCCAUCCUUCAGAUGAUCAGACUGUUCUUAUCUGACGUUGUAAUGACUCAGACUCUGGAGAGGUUUGAUUUUCUGGUCCAUGAAGCUCAGAAAAAAACAAGAGGAAAUAAGACGUAAUGUUGUUUCUGCAGCUUCGUGUCCUGAGAAUGAAAACAGACUGAAGUUUUAGAGCUGUAGAUCUGAGUCCUAACGCUCAUAGAUGUACACUACAUGACCAAAAGUAUGCGGACAGAUGCACAUAUUGUUCAAGUUUAUUCACAAACGUGCUUCUGCAACAUGAAACAAAAGAAAGCUCUUCUUUUUACAUUUAAGUUUUCAUUUCCAGUUGUUUCAGUCCUUUCAUUUGCUUUGAAGUUUAUUUUCAACAAUUAAGUUUUAUUUAUGUUUCACUCUCUUAAAGUGCUAAUAUGAACUUGUUAAUCAUGUAUCCUGUUUUACUGAAUUGCCUUUUAUUUUCUUGUGAGCGUGGUUCAGAUUUAGUUGGUUUUAGUAAAAAUGAGGCUGCUGUCUUCGCCUCCAAAUAUUCCAACUCAAAAUAAAGCUUCAUAAUUUAUAACUAAAGAAGAUGAAGAACAUCCUCAGCAUUUGAAGAAUAAAACCAACAUCUAACUCUGAAACUAAAAGACUGAAUAUGACCAGUUUCUGAUCGUGUGGCCUUAAUACAGGAUUAGAUCCAAUAAAAUCAUUUCAAUUAUUAUUUUCUAAUGUGUUAAACUCAGCUUUAUUUCAGUGUACAGAUCUUAAAAAAAACAAAACAGAAAACAGACUAGAGAAUAUUAUGUCUAUAACUGUCCAUAUACUUUUGGUCACUUAGCUUAUGUCAAACUGAAUAAAUAUGCACAUUUUCAGAUUUAUUCUUGUGCAAAGCUGCAAGAAAAUCCUGGUGUUUGUGCCUCGGUUUGCCUUUAAGGACGUCGUCUCCUUUUAAUUUUUCCUUUUUCUUUGUGUUCAUCUCUUUAUUUCUUCCUGCUUCUGAAUUGUCUGGGAUUGAUUUUGUACUUUUUGGGAAAGCUCGUAAACUCGCUGCCUCUGGGUUUGUGAGAAUCCAGAAGGCGGUGGAUCCUGAAGGGAACAUGUUGUUGUUUUUGCGCUGUAGAGGAGAUGCACCACACUCGACUUUUACUGUUCAACGCUGCUUCGUAAAUAAGUCGGCGGUUUAUAUCAGAACAUUUAGCUGCAGCUCAGACGCAUCAUAAUCACUUUAUUCAUAUUCAGACAGUAAUAACCGAGUUUGGUCAGAGACUGAAAAUUACAGAAAAUAUAUGCACCAAAUAUCACAUGUUUAUUAAUUAUUUUCCCAUCAGCUUGUCCUUGUUGCUCCAAAACUUUUUCUAUAAUUCUAGGUUUGCUAUUCAUUUACUAAACAGCAGAAAAUCCAUUGUAUUUUGAUUUAUUAAACUUUUUUGCUUAUUUUUUUUAUGUUUUGUCUAUUAGAAUCGGCUUUAAAUCUAUUUAUAAAAUGUUUAAAUUAACAAUAUAAAUUCCUCCAGAUAUCACUCUUUGACAGCUUUAUCCCUGCCCUGAAUAAUGUUUGUAAGAUUACACAACAGCUGUGUGAGAAUAAAUAUUAAUGUAUAAAAGUUCAGCUCAAUAAUAGGAUUAUCUUUGGUUUGUCGACUUAAGCGGUGGUGAGAAAAAACAGUAAUUUGGACAAACUUGAUUGAAACAUGUAGCAGCAAAAUAAAACUAACACUGAUCUAAAUUUUCUUCUUUUAUUAAUGAUCUGCCUCAGAGAUUAAAUGUGCUAAAUCACACAUACUUUAAUAAGAUCAUUGAAAACAAAUGACCAAAGUGCUGUUAAUCUGUUUUCAAUGUAUAUGAUAGUGUUAUUCCACAUGUAUAUUGGUUUAUGUUCAUUUAUCCAAUAGAUUUAUAAAUGUUAAAGAACCUGUAAAGUGAAUGUAUUGUAACGUACAGACAGUGUUUUGCUCUGAGUUAAACAUUCCUUUAGAUCAAAACCCGUUCUCUUGUUAAUUCUCACAAUUUCACAUUCUGACCCAAGUCUGUGUCUCGGAUACUACAGCCAACCAGCAUUUGGACUGAAGCUUUGAUUUAGUAAUGACUCAAACUUAAUUCCUGAGUUUUUUUACUUGUACACCAGUUAAUCGUUCAUCUCUAAAUUUCAGUAAAACUAGAAUAGAAAGAGAAAUGGAAUAAAAUUAAAGCUAUAAGUAGUGAUGGUCAGGCACUCUCACUUUAGCACAACAAUGACUGAAAACAAAAUAGGGAAAAAUUGUAUAUUUAAUCCAAAAUAAUAGAUUUCCUGGUGGUUUUAGGUUUUGGCUCCUGGAGGCUUUGUAGAACAUCUAGACCUCAUGGAUUUGCACCUGAUUUUAUAUGUCCAGGUCAAACCACCGUGGUACCUAAAUUCAUUCAAUAUUAUGAUGGUAAAGUUAAAGGAAAUGACAAAAUUUGUAAAAACUAAGUAUUUGGAUAAAAAUAGUGGCAUUCCUGUUGAGUUUAGGUUACAUAAUUUAGUACAUCUUGGUCAAAUCUGAUACCUUGAAUGAAUUUAUUACAUUUAUUAUACAUCGUUAUUGAAUCCAACAUCAAUAUAAUACAACAUUCAUAGUUUCUGAUGCAUUUGAUACAAGUUUUAUGAGUUUGCCAAUGUACUUAGACCCAAAAAAUGUAAUCCACUACACACUCUACAUAACCUAACGACCACAAAAAAAGAAUAAUUAUGCAAUUUUAGGCAUAAAAUCAUUAUCCAAACAGUUUUAUCUCAGCUCAUGUAAGUCUUUAAAUGAUGCCAAAUGACCCUAACCUGAACCUCAGUAAAACCUCAGUGAGUCUGAGCUGCAGCUUCACUCUUCAUUUGUUCGUUAAUGUUAUGGACAGACGGCAUCGAGCAGUAAAAGCGGUGAGUUUGACCUCUGACCUCUGAGACACACUGAAACAACAGGGACAGAAUGUAAGUUCAAAGUGAACUGAUCUUUAUGUACUGUACAUAAACCAUACUGAAGUCAGUGAAAUGUGAGUAGGUUUGUCGUAGUCUGACUCCGUCUGAUUAGAAUCACAUAAAAACAGGCUACGUUCAGUGUAACUUUAAUUUUCAAACAUGUUUUGUAAUAUUUGCACUACAAAAUAAACUUGAAUUU